AUGCUGUCCGAGGAAGUGAAAGACGACCUAAAGAUCUCGGUAGUACAGGCGUCGCUAGAGGAGGAAGAUUUGCCGCUCUGGAAGAGGGUAGAGAAAGAGAAUCGGGUUGACGAGACGUUCAACGCGAUUAGGAUAGAGAAACGAGUAGAGAACCCAAAGAAGAAAAUAUUUGGGUACAACAUUCAAAAUUGUGAAGACAAGGAAGGAGUACUGUGGUACAGAGAAAAACUGGCAGUACUAGCAGCAAUAGUGACGGACGUGAUUCGAGAGAUCCAUGAGAGCAAGGAGACUAGGCACUCAGGCCGUACAAAGACAAGGAAGGCCAUCGCGAAUAGUAGGUACUACAUCUCGAAUGGAUACACGUUGGUCGGGAGAUUCUUGCGGAAUUGUCAUGUCUGCAGGAGGACCAAACCUGUGCAUCAGCUCCCUGCAGGCCUGUUGCAACCUCUUCCGAUUCCUGAGCGCCCCUGGCAGGAUAUCUCAAUGGAUUUCGUCACGGGAUUACCAACAUCAGAAGGCUACAACGCUAUUCUAGUGGUUGUUGAUCAGCUAAGUAAGGAACGCUACUAUAUCCCUUGCACAGCUGUAGAAGAGGGCACGACUUCAGAGGAGACAGCUAAGAUGCUAUAUAAGAAUGUAUAG